GCGCAAGCCCGGGCUGCCAGUCCCGCCAUGGAGCCGCCGCUGCAGCUGGUCGUCCGCAGCCCCACGCAGAGGCACCGCGACCUGCGUCUCUGCGCCGCCCCCGCCUGGACCGUGCGCCGCCUCAAGGCCGAGCUGCGCGGCCUCGUGCCCGGGGCCCCGCCUGAAGAGGACCAAAAGCUGAUUUAUGCUGGGAAGCUGCUGCUUGAUCAUCAUUAUCUCAGAGAGUUGCUGCCAGAGCAUGGGGAGUUGCAUGCUCUUCACUUGGUGUACAACUUAAAGACUCCUGCCAAUGUGCAAGAAACCAGUGCAGAGAUUAAAGCUGAUCAGCCAAAGUUGUUAUCAGAAGCUAGACAAGAACCAUCUGUAUAUUCCCCAAAUAGUGAAAACCCAAUGUACUCUUCUGGUGGCCAGUCGUCAGCAGAAGCCAAUAAUGGGCUGGAAACAUCUCGGCAUCCCUUCCAAAGCAUGACUCCUGGCUUCUCAUCUUACACAACCUACAGCAUGCUUCAGAUGUCCUGGUUUCAGCAGAUUUAUGCAAGACAAUAUUACAUGCAAUACUUGGCUUCUACUGCUGCAUCUGCUGACCCAUCCCACACACAACGUUCUCAGGAGAUCCCAGUGGCACCAGUGACUCCACCAGCUCCUCUCCCAGACCCAUUUCCUGCACAAAAUCAGCCUGGAAACCAGAAUGUUGCUGCCCAGGUUAAUGCAGCGGCCAACCAGAACUUGCAGAUGAACGCCCAAGGGGGACCCCUCAUGGAGGAGGAGGGUGGCAACCGAGAUUGGUUGGACUGGCUCUACUCAGCAACACUGUUCUAUGUUUUUGUCAACAUUAUCUAUUUCUACUCCAGUGUCAGCAGAUUCCUUCUGGUCAUGAGUGGCACUGUUCUGAUGUAUCUGCACCAUGUUGGAUGGCUUCCAUUUAGGCGAAGACCAGUUGAGCCCUUCCCAGGCAAUGUUCCUCCUCAAGCUGCUAUUAACCAGGACCAGAACAAUAACUUACAGGGGGAAAAUGCAGGCAGAGCAGAUGAAUCUGAGGCAUCUCCUGAUGAGGGACAAGUUCAAGAACUGCAGACGACUAACCCAUCAUUCAUGAGCACAGCAUGGGUUUUUUUCAAGACUUUCUUUGCAUCCCUCCUUCCAGAAGGGCCUGGAGUGACCCACAACUGACUUGUCACCAGUCUGCUGGUCUGAAACUGCAAUGGGCUUAGUCUAUCCAAGCACAUCAUUACUAGUUCCAAAUGAGGAGUGAAAGCAGAUGGUACUUCCUCUGGCUUUCACUGACCAAGCAAAGCUGCAAGAAGCCUUAAGUCACUAAAGCCUAGAGAAAAGAUGCUUGCUCUCAUUCCAAAGAACUUUGUUCUGUAGCAUUUAUUAGGUACCUAUGUAGAGGUCUGGCAUUAUAAACUUGUGCACUAAAUGCACAGGCUCUAAGCAGGUCUGCAAAAAUGUGCAGAAGAAGCCACUUGCUUCUCUUAACAAUGUGAUUCCUGUUGGAAUGUUUGAAAUGCUAUUUAAAUUACACUGAGUGUAGGAUCUCAACAAAAUGCUAGAUAUGCAUUAGCAAAUUUUUAGGAAAGACCUAUUAAGUUGCUUCAACAAUAGCUUACAUUUUCUGUGUAAAUACUUUCCUGUGAAGGAUCUAUAGUGCAAUUUACUUGUGGAGGACUGUAAGACAGUGACCUCUCUAAGCAGUUGCCUAGGUGGAGUUCCAGGCUAAAAUUCAUGUUGCCAAACUUGGAGAGUUUAAAUGAGGCUUAAUUUUUUCCCCCUUGCUAAAUGAUGGGAGAAGUUAUGUUCAGGUCUAGCAAGAAUUUAUGCAAGAUGUGAACUUCACUGCUUUUGGAUGCAAAGGUAAAGCAGUCUAAUGCCUGUAUUCAGCUUUGAUGCAUUCUCGCUCCAGAGCAACUCUUGUAUUACUUUGUUGUGUUACUUUUAAUUUCUAAUAUGGUUAAGGGCUUUGACUCCAAUAAAAUUUGCAAGCAUUGAUAUCCA